AUGUCCAUCAUGAAUGUCCCAUUUGUCCUGUUGUCCUCAGUGCCAUACAAGUUCUUCACAGACCACGGUGGGAUCAAUGAGAAACGGAAACAGCGGAGAAUCCGCACCACGUUCACCAGCUCUCAGUUGAAGGAGUUGGAGCGAGUCUUUGCUGAGACUCAUUACCCAGAUAUCUACACCAGGGAGGAGCUCGCACUGAAGAUUGACCUGACAGAGGCCAGGGUCCAGGUCUGGUUCCAGAACCGCCGAGCAAAAUUUCGCAAACAGGAGAGAGCUGCUAACUCAAAAGGGAAUGGCAGCAAUCCGCCUGGGAAGAAGGGUGACCUUGUGUCUGAGGAGGACGACUCGAAGGAGCCCAAAUGCACUGACCCGGACAGCACAGCCAACCCCGGCUGCCCCCCCUCCACCUCUAGCUCUUCCAGCUCCUCCUCCUCCACCCCCUCAGGGCCUAUCUCCAGUAGCAGCCCCCAUGCAGUCAACUUGCCCAGUCCCAAUGGCUCCCAGUCCCUCAAAGCAGCAGCUGCCUGGCCCAACAAUGAGUUGCUGAAGGCCCAGACCUGGCAGCCCAGUGAUAGUAUGAGCGGCCCCUUUGCUGGUGUGCUCUCUACCCUGCACAGAAAAUCCAACAUGCUCAAGCCUAACCUGUUCUAG